AUGAAGACCACGGAAAUCAAAAAACCCUAUCGAAUGGAGGAGUUCCUGCGCCCGCAGUGGUUCCAGAAGGUGGCUCAGAUGGUGCACUUCCAGUGGCGGAGGAGUCCGGUGGACAACAGCAUGGUGAACGCAUCCAUGGUGCCCUUCUGCUUUGCGGCGCUACUCAAUGCCUUGUUCUUCAGCUGCAAUGGCUGGGACAUCUUAGGACACCUUUGGCUGGGACGUCCUCUCAACCAGAAUCCGCCCGUGCUCAGCAUCACCAUUUACUUCUCGAUCAGGGGACUGAUGCUAUUCCUGAAACGGAAGGAAAUCGUGGAGUUUGUUAACGACUUGGAUCGGGAGUGCCCGCGGGACUUGGCCAGCCAGUUGGACAUGCAAAUGGAUGAGACGUACCGAAACUUUUGGCAGCGCUAUCGCUUUAUCCGUAUCUACUCCCAUGUGGGUGGUCCGAUGUUCUGCGUAGUGCCAUUGGCCCUGUUCUUUCUGACCCACGAGGGUAAGGACACUCCUGUCGCCCAGCACGAGCAGCUCCUGGGAGGAUGGCUGCCAUUCGGUGUGCGUAAGAACCCGAAGUUUUACUUCUUGGUCUGGUUAUUCGACGUGACGUGCACCACUUGCGGCGUCUCCUUUUUCCUCACCUUCGACAACCUGUUCAAUGUGAUGCAGGGGCAUUUGGUCAUGCAUUUGAGCCACCUUGCCCGCCAGUUUUCGGCCCUCGAUCCUCGCCAGAGUUUGACCGACGAGGGCCGAUUCUUUGCGGACCUUAGGUCACUAGUUCAGAGGCAGCAGCUUCUUAACGGAUUGUGUUGCAAAUACAACGACAUCUUUAAGGUGGCCUUCCUGGUGAGCAACUUCAUAGGCGCUGGUUCCCUCUGCUUCUACCUCUUUAUGCUGUCGGAGACAUCGGAUGUUCUCAUCAUCGCCCAGUACAUUUUACCCACUUUGGUCCUGGUCGGCUUCACAUUUGAGAUCUGUCUACGGGGAACCCAGCUGGAGGAGGCGUCGGAGGGGUUGGAAUCGUCCUUGCGAAACCAGGAAUGGUAUUUGGGUAGUCAGCGGUACAGGAAGUUCUAUUUGCUCUGGACGCAGUAUUGCCAGCGGACACAGAAACUGGGCGCCUUUGGGCUUAUUCAAGUGAAUAUGGUGCACUUCACUGAAAUCAUGCAGCUGGCCUACAGACUCUUUACUUUCCUCAAAUCUCACUAG